CAAAACUCAGUCAUGUUAAGUCCUCGAUGGUGUCGGUGUUAAACAAAGAAGAAAAAUGGUUCUGUCAGCGCCUAAAAAGAACUUAGGCAAAGUUGCAGCGGUUUUGGGUAUAUUGGAAGGUUUAGCAUGGGUCUGUAUGUCUUUAAUAUCAAUCAUAUUACAUUACUGGAAACCAGAACUAGAAAUAGGCCCCACUUAUGGACAAUAUGUUGGUUCCUUGCUGUAUCACAAGUUUAUAGUGGAUGACAUGGAACUGCUGGAAGGAACUUUUAUUAUCACUGGAACAGCGUUCAGCGUUUUCAUGUGGAUUUACUUUCUUCUGAGCGUUCUGUGGUUUUCUAUAUCCGUAGACCAAAUCACAGCUAUAUACGCCAACAAAAACAGACAAGUGGUGGUAAUGAGGUUCUGGGGAGGUUUAACCUUGCUCAUUUCCCUUAUUGAUCUAUUGUUCACGAUGCUGAUGGCCAUGGACUACACCACUUGUGGAGUAACUUCGUCACAAAUCAUCAACCAAGCGCAAUACUUCUGCUACCUGACAGUCGGAAUAGUGAUGACUAUAGGCGCCAGGGGAUACACCCUUUGGCUCAUUAACGUCAUAUUCGCAAUCAUGUUGAUAACGAUAUUAAAAAAUGAGACAAGUACACGAUCACAAGAAGACAACACUUCAUCCCUAUACUCUUCUAUACCAAGAGCAAGGCUUGCUAAGAUUUUGGGGCAUAGUAGAUGAUCUCCCUCCUGUUGAAUAUUGACUAAGUAAUUUAUCUAAUCAGAAUAUAGGUAUAUAGAUAAUUUUUUAUUAUAUUAUCUCAAAGAGCUAUUACAAUUUUUAAUUUAAUAAACAUUUUUUUAA